AUGAGGGCCCUGCCCUCGCGGGCCGGCGUCCGCCUCUGGGAGCGGAGCGCUCCCGCUGCGUGUUCCCACCCCGCCCCGAGGCCCCGGCCGCUCUCCGCGCGGCCCCGGCAGGCCGGUCCUCCGCGGCCCGGGCCCUACCCGGAUGUCGGCAGCGCCAACCGCCGCCUGUGCUCCCGCUCCUCCUACGCGAGGACACGGGCACACACAGCUCGGUUCCGAGGACACGUCCACACACACGACCGGGGCGGCGGUCACCGCGUCUCAGGUGUCACCGCGCCCGGAGACCCCCGCUCGACGUCGCUUCCCGUCAGGAAAGCUCCGGAAAGCUCGGGACUCGGGCUCCGGAAGAGUCGUCACGCGGUCACCAGCUCCCCCGAGCCCCCGGCCCACCUGGCCGGGGAGGGACUCGGUCGGCGCCCGCGCCGCGUCCCACCUGUUGGGCAGACUUGGGGCGCCGCCGGACCCCAUUCCUCCGCUCACCCCACCCCGCCCGGCCGCACAUCCCUCCGUCCUUUCCAAAGCAGAGCUCGGAAGUCGGUGCCGGACGGUGGCGGCCGCCCCCCCCCCGGGUGCCCAGCCCCUGCUUGCCGCGUGGGAGUGGGGCGCGGCGGGGAGCGGGCGCCCAGCGGGGAGGGAAGGCUGCCCACACUGGCCCAUUGCCUUGGCUUCCAGAACGGACCGACAGUGCUCAACCCACUGGCCGGGCGGUGCCGUGGUCAGAGUGAGGAGGACAUAUACCGUGCUGCAGAUGAAAUAGAAAAGGAGAAAGAAUUACUUAUUCAUGAAAGAGGGGCAUCAGAACUCAGAUUAAGCGUGGCUCCUGAGAUGGACAUCAUGGACUACUGUAAAAAGGAGUGGAGGGGAAACACUCAAAAAGCAAUAUGUAUGAAAAAGGGCUAUGAGGAAGUUUCUCAGAAGUUCACCUCCAUCAGGAGAGUCCGUGGUGAUAACUACUGUGCACUGAGGGCCACACUCUUCCAGGCUAUGAGCCAGCUGGCAGAGCUGCCCCCGUGGCUGCAGGACCCGGAGCUCACGCUGUUACCCGAAAAACUGAUAAGGAAAUAUAGCUGGAUCAAGCAAUGGAAAUUUGGACUGCAAUUUGAUGGGAAGAGUGAGGACCUGGUUGAAAAAAUUAAGGAGUCCCUUAUCCUGCUAAGGACAAAGUGGGCAGGCCUGGCUGAAAUGAGAACUGCUGAAGCAAGGCAGAUAGCUUGUGACGAACUAUUCACAAAUGAAGAAGAAUAUAGCCUCUAUGAAGCUGUGAAAUUCCUAAUGCUAAAUAGAGCCAUUGAACUCUAUGAUGAUAAAGAGAAAGGAAAGGAAGUCCCAUUUUUCUCUGUGCUUCUGUUUGCUCGGGAUACAUCGAAUGACCCUGGACAGCUGCUGAGGAACCAUCUGAACCAGGUGGGCCACACUGGUGGCCUUGAACAGGUUGAAAUGUUCCUUCUUGCCUAUGCUGUUCGCCACACUAUCCAGGUAUAUCGACUGUCCAAGUUCAACACUGAAGAGUUCAUCACAGUGUACCCCACUGAUGCUCCCCGGGACUGGCCAGUGGUGACCCUCAUUGCCGAGGAUGACCGGCACUAUAAUGUCCCUGUCAGAGUUUGUGAGGAGACGAGUCUGUGAGAGAGACAUCACCUGGACAGCCUCGUGACAUGGCAGGGCACACAGGCAGCUCCUUGCUGAGAGCCUUAGACCUGCCGGUGUUGAAAAACAACCUGUGAGAAUCCCUGAGCUCCUGGGGGCCAGGUUGGACUGGGGUGUUCUGAAGACUACCUUUUGAUAGUAAUAAUUAACUAAGUCUAUCCCCUAGUGUGCCAAGUGGUGUGUUUCACUGGGGGCCAUCAGAGCAUAUCUAUUAGAAGGUGCAAGCUACAGUUCCACAAGUCAAAGAUUUUUGUAUCAGAGGACACCACUUUUGGAUAUGUUCAUGUCUUGAAUCAAAAUUCUCUCUAAUGCUAAACUGGCUUUUAAUUUGUUUUGUAAAAGCAGUAAUCUUUUGGUGGUGGUAAUGGGUGUCUCUACUAGUCUUCUACAUGAUCUGUUUCAGUGGUAGAGUUCUGAGAUGGAUGUGUUGAUAGCAUAUUCAGGGCAUCUUCUGAUUGUCUCAUCAGAGCAAUAAUUUGGAUUUAGAUAUUAAUACCAUCUUAGGCAGAUUGUCUCUGAGAAGAUGAAGAAUUGGUUCCUCGGGUAGGUUCUUGGAAGGCUGGAGAUGCUACAUGAGGGAACGGCAGAGGAUCCCAGGCCUUCCUGCUCUGUGUGACCGUGAUGUGGGUUGAGUUGGUUGGUGAUGCCUUGUCAACUUGGAGGAGCUGCUCACACCUGUGUCAGAGUUGAUACUUACUCAAAGGCCCCAACGAGACACAAGCUUACUUAGAAAAGAGUGUAUAUCCACCUGUGAUUUUAGAGCUAGAGUCCAAGGCCAAAUGAUCUUAGUCACUAAUCUCAGCUGAGAGUUGGAGCUGAGCCCCCCAGUCUACCUGUGCCCUUUUCACCCGGUGUUGCAUAUGUGUGCAACUUAACCUGGUGAUAGGGUGAUUAACAGCAGACUGUCUAG